AGGCCACCAGAACAGAAAUUCCAUAUGAUAUGACUAUAAUAGGGUUUUUUUAUUUACCCUCUCAUUGCCCUCUCUGCACCUAGCGGGGGUUAUCGCGUGUUGAGGGCAAUCCGGGUGAAAUUCGAAAAAGCAUUUCGAAGCUAACAAAAAGUAAUCCAGGAUUACCGGUUGGCGGUUGGUGUCUGAUCUCUUGAAAGUGUCAGCGGGUAGAAGAUGACAAAUAAUGGUGUUCGGAAGCGGAGGAAUGGUGGUCUGGCAUCUCCAAACCGCAUCGCUGGCAAAAAUCACUCAUCAACAGUUCUGCUGAAAACAGUCAGAAAUGUGGCAAUCGUUGGAACCGUGGGACUUUUCUUCGUCGUGGUUUCAUUGUCAUACAACAACACUCUGCCAUGGAGGAUGUCACACGCCACCAAUGUGCUGGACCGGCUGGCAGUGCGGCUCGGCCUCCAGGAGCAAGUGUACGCGGUGGUGAUCGACGCCGGCAGCACCGGCACGCGCGUGCUGGCCUUCGCCUUCCACCAUAGCCUGCUCGAUGGUAGCUUGAAACUAGAUGCUGAGCUAUUCAAAGAAGUCAAACCAGGUCUUUCAUCAUAUGCCAAGGAACCCGAGGCGUCGGCGGCGUCUCUGCGCGAGCUGCUGUCGGCGGCGCUGCAGUUCGUGCCUGCCGAGGCGGUGUCUCGCACGCCGCUGGUGCUGCGCGCCACGGCCGGACUCCGGCUGCUGCCCGAUCACCGCGCCGACGCGCUACUGGAGACGGCACGCGCUGAGGCCGAGCGGAGCGGCUUCCUGACACGGCCGGACGCCGUGAGAAUCAUGUCCGGAACGGACGAGGGACUCUUCUCCUGGUUCACCGUCAACUUCCUGCUCGACCGACUGGGCGGCGAGCCGGGCCGGUCGGUGGCGGUGUUCGACCUCGGCGGCGGCUCCACCCAGGUGACAUUCGCGCCCACGGAGGCCGCCACCAUGCACGCCGCCCCGCCCGGCUCCAUUGUCGAGGUGUCGGCCAUGAAGGCACAGGCCGGAGUCUACUCCCAGAGUCGGCGCCCCAAUGACAGAGUGGUCUACGCGCGAAGUUACCUGGGUAUCGGUCUGAUGGCGGCCCGGCACACCAUCCUGACCGCCGGUAUGGACGGUCAGAACUCUUCGGUGGUCAGCGAGUGCGUCAACCCGGUGGUCACGACAAAGUGGAGCUACGGCGGCAAAACCUACAACAUCAGUGGCGUCAGCACCAGCAAAAACUACAAGUUCAUCAAGGGCAAGGGCGGCCUGAUUGACAAGACGGAGCCGAUCGUGGACUUUGUCAAGUGUUACGGUCUGGCCGAGCGGUUCCUCAGCGGCCGGCUGCACGCUCCCGACGAGCUGAGGUCCAGAGAGGUGUACGCCAUCAGCUACUACUUUGACCGCGCCACCGAGGCCGGCCUGGUGGACCCGUUCGACGGAGGCGCCGUCACCGUCGAGCAGUUGAUGCGCGCCGCGCGCCAGGCGUGCGAGACGCCCAACGUCGAGCAGCCGCUGGCCUGUCUGGACCUGACGUACAUCGCGGCGCUGCUGCACGCCGGCCUCCAGCUGCCCGGCGAGCACCUGCUGCGGCUGCACAAGAAGAUCGACGAGCACGAGACCAGCUGGGCGCUGGGCGCCGCGUUCCACACACUAACCAACCACGCCUGAGGCGGGACCUCGGACCGGCGUGGGCUGGCCAAUCAGUUACCCCGCGCUGUGCAGAUGAGUGCAGAGUAUAUUAUACAGCCAUCGAAUGCAAUAUCCCAAUGGAGUCCACUCCCCAGUACCGUACCACUGAUUGUUUGAUAGUGUAAUUUAAAGUGCAUGCUGGAUAUCGUGAUUGGUACGAUAUUUAUUGGGGCGAACUCAGCGUGGUCUCACGUGUACCCCGCAGCUGAGCCUCAUGCCGACGCGACUAUUCAUUCUUCUGAUGUGCUCGUGAUGAGUCAGUGUGGGGCGUGGUGUCUGUGUCACCUGAUUCGAACUUCCAUUUAUGUGCUGCAUUGUUGAGCCAACUAUUGAUGUGUAGUCACAAGCGCAUGUUUCAACGUUUUUACAUAUGCCUAAUGCCUGAUUAUUUUAGUUACCCCUUGCUAUUUGAGACCAUAUGUCGAUGUCGGGUGGGUGUUAGUGCCACGUAUUUAGCGUCAGUGCGCCCAUUGUUUACCGUUAAAGGCGACUGAUGAUGUGCAGAAUUAAAGAAUACGGUUUCUGUAGCUAUGGCGGCUCUGGAUUACUGCUGUGGUGGGCGUGCCUUGUCUCUUGGAUGCGAUGUGAGCCGGUUUUAUGUCUUCUGUGUCCGCGUGCUGCGGCCGGUGAGCAGAUUUUGUGAUCAGCCCAUGACGCUGCCGUGCUCAGCAGUGUGUUUGGAAGUGAUGCUCAAUUGCGCGGCGUCUUUAAGCAACAUUUGUUCAAUGAGACGAACCACCUUUUUGAUCGGGAAAUAAAUUGGUACCGUGAAUUGUGAAA